AUGACGAAGGGUACGUCAUCAUUCGGUAAACGCCAUAACAAAACGCAUACACUCUGCAGGCGUUGUGGACGGUCGUCUUACCAUAUUCAGAAGCAUACGUGUGCCUCUUGUGGAUAUCCAGCAGCUCGAAAGCGUACAUAUCAAUGGUCAAUCAAGUCUAUCAGACGCCGUACAACUGGCACGGGUCGCAUGCGUCAUUUAAAAAUUGUUCGAAGGCGAUUUAGGAAUCACUUCCGUGAGGGAACUGUUGCAAAGCCAAAGAAACAGAGAGCGACGCAACAGACCAAUACAGUUGCUACUAGUUAA